UGACAACAUAUCCUAGAAAUAGUGGUAAUGCUUGUCAGCAUGCAAGUCACUAAAUAGAUCAUCUGUACCGUGAAAUAUGAUGUGGCCAUUAAAGGAGAAUCAGUACUGUGUUUGAUGCCUUGAAGGGAUUUCAUAAGAUACUGAAUAAAAGACGGUGUAGAAAAAUGCCUUUGGUGCUUCAUGAAGAAUAUUUCCAGAUAUCUCACAGACAUUAAGCCUUUGCCUCCCAACAUAAAAGAUAGACUGAUUAAAAUAAUGAGCACAGGACGGAUAACAGAUUCAAAUAUAAGUGAGAUUUUACAUCCUGAAGUCCAAACUCUAGACCUACGGAGCUGCGAUAUAUCAGAUGCUGCUCUUCUGCACUUGUCUAACUGUAGAAAACUGAAGAAAUUAAAUUUAAAUUCUUCAAAAGGGAACCGAGUUUCUGUAACUUCAGAAGGAAUAAAAGCUGUGGCUUCAUCUUGUUCAUACCUACAUGAAGCUUCUUUGAAAAGAUGCUGCAAUCUCACUGAUGAAGGAGUCGUUGCUCUUGCACUCAAUUGCCAGCUGCUAAAGAUCAUCGAUUUAGGUGGCUGCUUAAGUAUUACUGAUGUGUCCUUACAUGCAUUAGGAAAAAACUGCCCAUUUUUGCAGUGUGUUGACUUUUCAGCUACUCAGGUAUCUGACAGUGGUGUGAUUGCACUUGUUAGUGGACCUUGUGCCAAGAAAUUAGAGGAGAUUCAUAUGGGACAUUGUGUAAAUCUGACUGAUGGGGCUGUAGAAGCUAUCCUUACUUACUGUCCUCAGAUACGUAUAUUACUCUUCCAUGGAUGCCCCUUGAUAACAGGUUAGUGCGUUAGAUUGCUUGGGUUCAAAUCCUGGCUUCAUCUUUUACUAACUGUGUGACCUUGAGUACAUUACUUAACCCAUUUCAUUAUUCAGUUUCCUCAUCUGUAAAACAGGCAUAAUGAGAGUACCUACCUCAUAGGUACUAUGUCAUGAUUAU